GAGUAGGAUAUUCUCUCUCAAGCGGCAAGGAGGCGUUGCAGGCUGGGCUAAGUGACUGAAAAUGGCGAGUUUGGUCUCAAGGCGAUGAGCUGUCGGAGCUGACAAACGUGCUGGUUAGGUGGGAUCGUCAACGUCUCUCCCGCCCUCUGGUCGAGAAGCAAGUGGCUGCCAGUUAAGGAGAAGUGCCGCUGAAGAAAAGUUAACGGUGAGGCCUGGGCGGGACAGUGAUGCCUUAUGCGGGACAGUGAUGUUCGGAUGCUACCGAAGGAGUCAGUGUAGGUGUGCAGCACCCUUUCUGAGGCGAUCCUAGUUAAUGGGAGGUGAUCAGUCAUCUUCCAUCUCUCUCUCUCCCUUCCUCUCUCUCUCAGUCGUUGCUCUCCCAUGUCCCCAUGUCAUUUGAGAGAGCGAGACACGACAUGUGAGCGGAAGUUAUGUUUAGCCCUGGCGUUUACAAAUUUUGGAGAAAGCUGAUUCUGGAAUAAUUUGUGGGCCCGUUCUUAUUUUCUUUGCCCACCUCCCGGAAACACUACUUGGCGGAAUAGCAGCGACAAAGUCGCCCCUUGGCGACAGAUCCUCUUGGGCAGAGUGAAACUUAAUGGAGAUGUAGAAUAUGAUGGCAGAUGUGGGAUCCAAGAAGUGCUAUUAAAACAAAUAUAAAAAUAAGUAUAUAUUAAAGUUAAAAGUGUCAUGAGGAAAUUUGCAUAUUGCAAGGUGGUCCUAGCCACAUCAUUGGUUUGGGUCCUUUUGGAUAUGUUUAUGUUACUUUACUUCAGUGAAUGCAAUAAAUGUGAUGAAAAAAAAGAGCGGGGACUUCCACCAGGCAAUGUUCCAGAAUUGGUGCAAAAACCUCAUGAAGGUCCAGGAGAAAUGGGGAAGCCUGUUGCCAUUGCUAAAGAAGACCAAGAGAAAAUGAAGGAAAUGUUUAAAAUCAACCAGUUUAAUUUAAUGGCCAGUGAAAUUAUUGCACUCAACAGAUCUUUACCUGAUGUUCGGCUGGAAGGCUGUAAGACAAAAAUGUAUCCUGAUAAUCUUCCUACAACAAGUGUUGUAAUUGUUUUUCAUAAUGAAGCUUGGAGUACUCUCUUGAGAACUGUUCAUAGUGUAAUGAACAGAUCACCAAGACAUAUGCUGGAAGAAAUUAUCCUGGUAGAUGAUGCUAGUGAAAGAGACUUCUUGAAGAGGCCAUUGGAGAACUAUGUGAAAAAAUUACGAAUACCAGUGUAUGUGAUUCGAAUGGAGCAGCGUUCUGGACUCAUCAGAGCCAGAUUGAAAGGAGCUGCUGCCUCUAAAGGCCAAGUCAUUACCUUUUUAGAUGCUCAUUGUGAAUGCACUGUAGGUUGGCUUGAGCCUCUGUUAGCACGGAUUAAAGCUAACAGGAAAACUGUAGUUUGUCCUAUCAUUGAUGUAAUCAGUGAUGACACAUUUGAAUAUAUGGCAGGCUCUGAUAUGACUUAUGGAGGAUUCAACUGGAAGUUAAAUUUCCGAUGGUAUCCUGUUCCUCAGAGAGAAAUGGAUAGAAGGAAAGGUGAUCGGACUCUUCCAGUUAGGACACCUACAAUGGCAGGAGGCCUCUUUUCCAUAGACAGAGAUUAUUUUCAAGAAAUUGGAACGUAUGAUGCUGGAAUGGAUAUAUGGGGAGGAGAAAACCUAGAGAUUUCAUUCAGAAUUUGGCAAUGUGGAGGAACUUUGGAAAUUGUGACAUGUUCACAUGUGGGACAUGUUUUCCGAAAAGCCACUCCUUACACUUUUCCAGGAGGCACUGGACAGAUUAUUAAUAAAAAUAAUAGGCGACUUGCAGAAGUUUGGAUGGAUGAAUUCAAAAACUUUUUUUACAUAAUUUCUCCAGGGGUUACAAAGGUGGAUUAUGGAGACAUUUCUUCACGACUUGGACUAAGACAGAAGCUUCAGUGCAAACCUUUUUCCUGGUAUUUAGAGACUGUUUAUCCUGAUUCCCAAAUACCACGACACUAUUUCUCUUUGGGAGAGAUAAGAAAUGCGGAAACAAAUCAGUGUCUAGAUAACAUGGCACGAAAAGAAAAUGAAAAAGUUGGAAUUUUUAAUUGCCAUGGAAUGGGUGGUAAUCAGGUUUUCUCAUACACAGCUAACAAGGAGAUCCGAACAGAUGAUUUGUGUUUAGAUGUCUCCAAACUUAAUGGUCCAGUCACAAUGCUCAAAUGCCAUCACUUAAAAGGCAAUCAGCUUUGGGAGUAUGAUCCAGUGAAAUUAAUCCUGUUGCACAUGAACAGUAACCAGUGCCUGGAUAAAGCCACUGAAGAAGACAGUCAGGUGCCCAGUAUCAAGGACUGUAAUGGUAGCCGUUCACAACAAUGGCUUCUUCGUAAUGUCACCCUUCUAGAAAUAUUUUGAAGGGUUUCUAAGACAAGGAUUGACUGGACUACCUCAGCGAGUGCAUUUGCUAUAUUAUGUACCAAGCAAAGGCUGCAAGUUGUUUGAUCACUGGAGCAAUCAGUUCUAAAGUUCUGAGACCAGCCAUCCUGGUGUUGAAACAUGGAGCUAACUAAAGGAGUACUUGUAAUGCUUUAUGCACUAAUGUUUACAAGAAAUCAUUUUGUAGAACACAUGGGCAGUGGAAAUGUAAUCGAGGAAAUAUGCUCUCUGGAGAACAGCACAGCUUAAUUUGCUUGUAUAUUAGCAACCUCCCAAAAUGCUGUUAGAAAUAUUGCUAAGAUGUUUGUGCAAAAUUCAAUAUUUACCCAAAGGUCAUAUAAAAAUAUAAAUGGACAGAUUAAAAAUAAAAGAGCAAAAUCAUUGAUACAAAAAUGUAUAAAAUAGGAUGUAGCAAAGAAAAUCAGAAUUGUUAAAACUUAUAAUUCCAAAUAUCAAAUGGAUAUAAUUAUUUUGA